UGUCUGUAAACUGUAGGCGUGACCCUCCCUGCUCUUCCUGCACCUGUGCGUUCAUGAGCUCCGCCCACGCGUCAGGUGUUUCAAACGAAACUCGGCUGAAGUAAAGAGGAUGUUACUCAUGCCGGCUGGACUGGAUGAAAUACAGCACAAACGCUCAAACUUCAGCUUGUGUCACCAUACAUCGAUACCAGACAACAACAACAAGUGGACGGUUUACAUGCAGUGAUGGAGGUGAAAGGCUGCAGGUCAGAGGUGGAAGUGUUUAGGAGGUCGACGAUUGAGACCGUGUCCAGAAGAGAUUCUGUUUCUGUGAAAUGUUCUCCAGCUUCCCAAAACCUUCAGAUGUCAACACCUCGAUCGAUCCCUCUGACCAUCAGAAACACUCACAGCAUUCCAACUAAAAGGGAGUUUCGAGCUUCAUCUGCACCUCAGAUUCCCAAUCCGUUUCCGGAGCUCUGCAGCCCGACUCACUCCCCGGUGCCGACCGGAUCUCUCGGCAGGAGGGAUCCCCCCUCCAACAGCAGCACACACGUGCUUCGGGUUUUUGGGGACGCCACACACAGUCGGUCGGUUUUGGUGACGUCCGGGACGACGGCGCAUGAUGUCUGUAAUAUGUUAGCGCAGAACGCACACUGUACGGACGAGGAAAGCUGGGCUCUCAUUGAACAUCAUUCUGCUUUAGGCCUGGAGCGCUGUCUGGAAGACCAUGAGCUUGUGGUGAAGGUUCAGUCAUCCUGGCCAGUAGAGAGCGACACAAAGCUGAUCUUCCGCAAAAACUACGCCAAGUACGAGUUUUUCAAAAAACCUGUGUUAUUUUUCCCGGAGCACAUGAUCUCUGACAGCGCUGAUGUCACUAAAGGCAUGACAUCAUCAGAGCUGGUGCAGAAUAUGGUGAAGAGCGGCUCCUGUCCAGAGAUUCAAGGCUUUCUCCAUGUGAGAGAGGGCGGUAAAAAGUCCUGGAAGAAACUCUAUUUUGUUUUACGACGCUCUGGAUUGUACUGCUCUAACAAAGGACAAUCAAAGGAACCUUGGCACCUGCAGUUCGUUGGAGAUCUGGAAGAUCUGAAUGUGUUCACAGUGUUCAAUGGCCGUAAACUUUACGGGGCUCCGGGAGAGCAGGUCUUCUGCAUUAAGUGGGGUGUUUUUGUGUUUCAGAAGAGAGAAGUGUUACGUCACAGUUUACCCACCAGCAGUCACGGGUCACAGCUGUCCGUGGUUCAUCGGGUUCAGCCGUGGUUCCAUGGGGGCGUGUCUCGAACUGAAGCUCAAAGGCUAUUGGAGGAGCAGGGUCAGGUGGACGGGAUGUUUUUGAUUCGUGACAGUCAGCUUCACGCGCAGUGCUUUGUGUUGUCCUUGUGUUAUAAACUGAAGACCAAACACUACCUCAUCAUUCCCUUAGAGCAAGGAGAUAAACAGUACUACACUAUGGACGAUGGUGUCACACUGUUUACAGAUCUGCUGCAGUUGGUGGAGUUUCACCAGAUCAACCGUGGCAUCUUACCUGUGUGUCUCAAACACCCCUGCACUUGCAUUGCACUCUAAACCUUCACCUUUGACCUCUUCCUCAAAACUAGGAUCUAAAUGACCCAGCACCAGUCUACAGACCAUGAAGGUUUUCAUUUUACGACUCGCAGUGGAUGUCAAGACAUUCACCGUUUUCCAUAAUCCAAAAAAAGACUAUAUUUCUAUACAUAGUAAUUCUAUUUAUAUUUGAUAUACCUCUAGCACACUUUAAAGCUCUUUAAUAUUCUAAAAAUACUCUAAUAGUUUAUGGACUAUUUGUUUACAAGCUAUUUGUAUUCAUCAUCCUUCUAUCCGGGAAUGUUUCUAAACCGGAAAGUGCACAAUCAUGUGGGAACUUCCUGCUGUUCCUUUCUUCAACACUGGGCGGCGCACUGGUGCUUGGAAUGCUUUACUGUCCAGGAAUUCUUCAUUUAUGCAAUAGUCAUGCAGGGAUACAUUAAUGCAUAUCUGAAAUUACAGAAGGAGGCGAUUUCAAUGUAGCAGAUUUAUUAUUAUUAUUAUUAAUAAUAAUAAUAAUAAUUUUUUAUUUUUUGUUCAACACUGUCUAAUUUAUGGGUGUUUUUUUCAUAAUACUGAUGUUCAAGGUAAUUGAGACCAGUUUACGUUUGCUUUAUUUUAUAUUUUUAUUUACUUGACUCUAUUUUAUCAUUGUUCAAUACUUGUUCUGGUUAACAGUUGUGCUUGGUUGUGUGUAUGUAGUUUCAUUCUGACCAAAACCUCAAGUUGAAGUUUUUAAGGUGUGUG